GGCGAGAAAACAAUGAAGGUUUAAAGUUUCUGGUGAAGGGACGCCUGGCGCUCUUCAGGUGUGUGAGUCAGCCAUAUUUGGAGGCGGCGGGUGUGUGGUGCGCGCGCUUUCUCUCGCCCUCUGCUGCCUCGCCCCGGCAACACACGUACCUGCCCACCACCACCACCAUGUCGGAGGAGCUGCAAACAGAUUUCGAGGGUGGUGAUGCAGGUGCAUCCAAGGUGUAUCCAGCUCAAUGCUCCUCCCUUCGUAAAAAUGGUCAUGUUGUGAUCAAGGGCCGUCCCUGCAAAAUUGUGGAGAUGUCCACCUCCAAGACUGGCAAACACGGCCAUGCCAAAGUUCACCUUGUUGGUAUUGACCUGUUCAGCGGUAAGAAAUAUGAAGACAUAUGUCCCUCCACCCACAAUAUGGACGUGCCUGUGGUGAAGCGUGCCGACUAUCAGCUGAUUGACAUUUCGGAUGAUAGUUUCUUGUCCCUCAUGAUGGAGUCGGGUGAUCUGCGUGAUGACAUUAAAGUUCCAGAAGGUGAUAUUGGCACAGAAAUCAAGACCAAGUUUGAGAAUGGGGAAGACCUUUUGCUGACAGUUCUAUCUGCUAUGGGCCACGAAAUGGUAGUUGCCACAAAGCCAAAUAUGAAAUAAAUGAAAUAAAUUACUCCUUCCAACUGCAACUACUACAACCAUCAUCACCACUACCAUUACCAUCUUCAUAACCAACCAUUACCGCGUUAAAAAUAUAUACAUAUAUUUUUUUUUCAUAUUAGACCAAUCCUGUGACAGUUGCAUUGUUUAAUAUCUGUGAUCACAUUAAACAACAGGCUUCAGGGUGCCCAGAAGUGAUUCCGUGAUGAAGCCCAAGUUUGACUGUCCUAUUUCAACCAUAACAUCAGGUUGCCUUUCCCAUAUGCUUUAAAGUUUAAUAAUGGCUCAGGGAAAGAGAAGAGAAAGUCACCAUCACAGUAGCUCCUCCCAGUGUGUUGUUUGUUUUAAAGAUUCACAACCACUUAAAGUGUGUGGUCUUGUAAGUGGAGGGCAAGCCCCAGUGUGAGCUGAAAUAUUACCCAUGUGGGUUGGUUUCAUAAUCUGUGACCAAAUGAGGAAUAAAUGGUGUGUUGUUUAUAUGGCGUUUGAUUGUUCAAAUAAUCCAAGCUUCAAUGCAGGAGAGCCUAUUCCUUUUUUACUAUUAUCAUAGGAUAUGGGCCCAUUAUAUGGGUUGGAGGAAAGCUUUUAUCUAACUUGUUUUUGUACUUCUUUGUGCAUAAUUAAUAUGCUAACUGUUAGAAUAAAUUUACAACCAUUCCAGUGUUAUGAAGUUCUUUCAUUCAGAUAUCCCCAGGACUGAUAUGGUUGGAGAGUUGCUAAUUUUUAUUUGAUCUGUUAGAUUCGUUAGAUAGGUUGAAAAUGGGGAUUUAUCAGUGGAUGGGAUAUUAGCAGUUAUAUCUGCUGCUAGGAAAUUAGUUUUAUCUUGUUUCAUUACAGGGAUGAUAUUGUUUUGAUAAACUACAGGUACCUUACCCUGGGUUUAUGCGGCUUGGCUCAAAAUGCUUGUCCCUAUUGGGAAAAUUAAACAUGCACUGAUUUCACAAUUUUUUUGCACAAUUUAUGAGUGUAUAAUUUUACAUGAACAGUUGCAAUAAUUGUUUAUCAACUAUGGAUGGUUUUGUUUUCUGGGCUUGUGCUGUACAAACAAGCAGUUGUAUAAUACCUAUCUGACAAUUGUUAGUGCAUGACAAAUUUUUGUUAAUGUACCUGUAGCUAUCAUGUUUUCCAUCAGAAAAUUGCUGUGAAAUCUGCAAGGAAAUAAAUAUAUACUAAAAAGAGACUACUGUAGCCCAAUCUUUACAUCCAUGUCUCACCUUUGCCAUUUUAUGUAAGGAAACUUUGAAAGCCUUUGUAGAGCAUACCCAUGCUUGAAAACAUAAUAUAUUGCUCCAAACCUACAGAGGCAUGCCUUGUACAAUGUCUGUGUUCACACUCUUGCAUCAUACAGCUGGCAGUGUGGGUGUGGGAAUAUAUGUAUGUGUGUAUGCAUCAGUGUGUGUAGCUGAAUGAUGCAGGUUGGCUGUGAGGGGCACUCUGCUCCAAGGCAAUCAUUUCAUGGCUAGAGGAGCUUGAUAAAUGAAACAGUAAAAUGUUAAAAGUAAUAUUGGGGUUUCAUAAGGGUAGCUAAAUGUGUACAGGUGGGGAAAGAAAUGUUGAUGCACCUUGGUUGCAUGGAGUUGAAAAGUGCAUGGCAAUGCCUCAUGGGUUUGUUGUCACUGUCCAUGGCUUUACAGGAUACAAAAUGUACAGCUUGGUGUGUUGACAUGUCUUUCUGCAAGUGUACUUCCUGAGGCGGCAGAGUUAGUGAUGUGAAUAUUGUGAGAUAUGUGGCAAACACACGUGUUAUAAAGGGGAUGGGAGGGGCAGGCGGUGUGUGCAGCAGCAGGGCACCAGCAUAUGCUGUGUGCACUGUACUGCUGGACAGUUGGUGCCAGGGCUUGUCCAUUGCAUGUAAGUUGUUUUAUUCUGAGAUGGUGUGUUCCUCUUGUAUACAUGUUAAGUUCAGAUUUUGUAGCUAGUAAAGAAAAAAAAAGUUGCUCACCAUGACAAUAGGAAUAAUUUGUGCUUUUUGCUGCUGAUUUCAUGAGUGGCUAAAGUGGUAAUGACACUGACACGCUUGUAUGUGAGUUUUUAUGUGAAAUGCCCUCAUUUGAUGGCUUUUGGUUUUAUAUUUCACAUUCAGUAAUUGUUUUUACCUAAACCUGCAAACUGUCAGCUGCACCUGCCACCCAUGUUUGGCAGUAACCUUUGGCAUCCUGAUCAUGUUCAUGAACUAUGAGCUGAUAACACAUUUGCAUAAUACUGUAUCUAUCAAAUGAAGAUUGACCUUGGC